AAAUGUCGGGAGAAAAAUUCAGGUAGACAGCAAAAGCAGGCCAAGAGAGAAAGACACAGCUGAAAGAAACUCUUACUGUAAAGGCAGGGACAUAAGCGUGUGGAGAAACUCAGAUUAAGAGACAGAGAGUGAAGAGAUAUAUUGAGUUCUAAAAAGGAAUGGGCUCCCUGGUGAGUAGUGCUGCUUCUCUUCUCUUAACCUUCCUGCUGGCUUUGCCUGUUGGAGUUUCCUCAGUUCUGGGUCAAGACCUGAGAGAGAGGGAUGCACUAUGUAAUGCAGAGGGCUGCUUUGUUGUCUAUUUUCAACGCAAAACCUUCCUGGACUCAUGGAGGGCCUGCAAGGAGAAUGACGGCAAUUUAGCUACAAUCAAGCGGAAGGAGGAUGCCACUACCAUUGCCACACUUUUUUCCACUCUGGACUUGAGCAGCCGCUUACACACCAAGGUUCAGGUAUGGAUUGGCCUGCAGCGGCCGCCUCGUCAGUGUGCUACCACUCGCCUGCUGCGUGGUUUCUCAUGGACUACUGGUGACCAGGACACGGAGUAUAUCAACUGGCAGAAAGAGGACUCUCCUAGUUUGUGCUCUGCACACCGUUGUGUGGUCAUUGGUUACAGCAUUCAAGAGCAGGAUGAUAACUUAAAAUGGCUGGAUGGUCCCUGCUCAGUCCCUGUAGAUGGGUAUCUUUGCCAUUAUGCCUAUGAAGGAAUGUGCCCUGCUUUGUGGAAUGAAGGUGCAGGCAAUGCCCUCUACACCACACCAUUUAACCUUGUAAGCAGCCUGUUAACCCAUGUACCCUUUGGAUCUGUUGCUACCGUGCCCUGCCCUGCAGACACCAAGGAGGAGCAGUCAGUUUUGUGCAUGCUGAGGGAAGAUGGCUCAGUGGGGUGGUCAAAAGACUCACCCCUCUGCUCUGAUCCCACUAGAUCACACAACUGGUGUGACCAGAAUAAUGGUGGAUGUGAACAUUUCUGCAGGCUGGCUGAUGCUCACUUCUACUGUGAAUGUGGCAAUGGGUAUCAACUAGGAGAUGAUGGGCAGAGCUGUGAGUUGUCUGAUGUUUGUCAGGGGGCCCCCUGCGAAUUUGAGUGCCUGCCUCUUUCAGAUGGGUACCGUUGUGCCUGCCCUGAAGGUUACAUGCUUGCACCAGAUGAACGUGGCUGUCUGGAUGUAGAUGAGUGCCUCCAGAGUCCUUGUGAACACGUUUGUGUGAAUGCUCAAGGAACAUUUAAAUGUCAGUGUCGGAAGGGUUACCACCUAGAUGAAGAGGGUGGGUGUGAGGAUUUAGAUGAGUGUAUAAAUGAGCCAUGUGAACAUGCAUGUGAAAACACUCCAGGCUCUCAUAUCUGCCACUGCCAUCUGGGUUUUUCCCCAGUGCCUGAAGACCCCAGCAAGUGCCAAGACACUGACGAGUGUCAAUUUCCCAGGACCUGUCAGCAAAUGUGUGUGAAUUAUGAUGGUGGAUUUGAGUGCUACUGUAAGGAAGGCUACGAACUUAUGUCUGAUCAUUUCUCAUGUCAGAAGACAGGGGAAGAAGAUAACCAAUCUGCUGUCACACCUCCUUAUCCUUGGGUCACCCAUCAGCCUGGAUCUGUAUGGGAGUCUAUGGACUACGGCUGGACGCACACUGACUGGCCUCCAGAGGAGGAGCAGCCUCUGGACUGGCUGACUGAUCAGGCCACAGUUAUAAAUUCUGAUGUCAUCUGGGUCACCAGUGCUCCCCAUGAAGAAGUGCCCCUUGAUACAGCACUGGACCCUCCAGCAAAGGGGGCUGAGACUCACGGGCAACACACUGACAGUGGAGGAGUUGACAGGUUGAAGUUGGGGCAGAGAAAACAGCCUGAGCAGGAAGUUUUGCCAAACACAAUCUACACCAGUCCUCCUACCACCAGCUCCAGCCCUACCCCAGACUUUUAUGAAGAGGACAAGGAGGAGACCACAGCUUUUCCCUUCCCUUCCACCUCCACAGUCUCUGAGGGAGCUUGGAAUUGGUGGGCGGGGUCCACUGCUUCCAGUCAGAAACCAGAGGAUUCAGUCAUAAACCACAACAUGCCUACAGAUGCCAGCUACUAUGGUGAACAAAGAAAAAAACAACAUCCCCUUAGUGAACACUCUGACUUCCCAGAGGAGGAGAAAAGGGACAAUGAGGAGAUUACACACUCCCUAGACCCAACUGUUCCCACUCCUUCCCAAACACCCCCGAGCAAGAGUGGAGCAAGUGGUGUCACUGUGGACUCUGUCCAGGAAGACAGGGGCCAGAAACAGAGCAGCACCUGGCUCCUUGUGGGGCUGCUAGUGCCCAUUUGUCUCAUCAUUGUAGUAAUAGUGGCAGUGGGCAUCUUUUACUGCACCCGCUAUGCUGUUCACACACGCAAUAAGACUGCCACUGACUGCUACCACUGGAUCUCUGGGGCUCAUGAUAAACAGGGAGCUGCUAACCCCUCAGCAGGGGUCAAGAACCAUGUUUGAACAGAGAUGAGAGGAACUGACAUGUACAUUACCAUGCUCUGUUUCAGAGGUAAACAGGAGUGAAUAAUGAACCUGGUAACAGGCAAGCUAACCUUUAUCAGACAGUGGGACUGCCUGCUCUUUGAACGCAACUGGACAGACCUGUUGUAUAUCACUUGAUUGAUGUGAGGGAGGGACACUGAAAACCACUAACUCUUUUUAGAUGGGGUUUCUAUGUGGUACAAACUGCUUUGUUAUUUCACACACUGACCACACAUUCUUCAUGAUUACACAAGGCUACAUUGUUAUAAACUUUUCCCAUCUUCAUUAUUAAUGUCAAGGAAUCUAUUAAUGUCUGGCAAUAAUGUGUGUAGACAUUUAUUCAUUUCAUAGCUGGAGCCAAAUCCUGCUAAGAGCCUUGGAAAUCAUGGUAUUGACGGCAUUCUGCGCUCUUGAGGUAUCAAAAUAUGAUUAUGAGGUCUCCUUCAUGCAAAAUCCUCAGGCUCAGUUCUAAGAGCAUAUCAGAUACAGUGACUGUCUUCCAUGUUAAAGAGAUUUAAAUGCAUUCUUAGCUCAUAUCAGGAGUGGUUGAAAAAAAAUUCUAAGCAAAUAUUUCUUCAAGUUGGAAAACAUUCUGCAGUCAGGUCAUAAUGCUGAGAAAACAAUCAUUUCAAAAUCACUGGGUUGAAGUUCUGGUUGAUCCUAAGAGACCAAAGCCUUUGUAUAUUGUGCUUCAUUUGUAUUUAUGUUUGCACCAGCCAUUUUUUAAUGCAGCAAUUUGAAUAUUUUUAUAUGGACCUUAUAAACCUGUUGAUAUGCAGAGACAUGUCUGCCUGCACAAGGGACUGUUUAUCCUUGCUCACACUCCAGUUUAAGAGCACUGCUUCUUUUCUUGACUCUCUUUUUUCUGAAAAGUGCUUUUUGUAUAGAUGUUAACAUUGUACAGGUAAUAUUGUAGGGGCUGGUAGCUAACAUUAGCUUGGACCUUGUUCAUAAAAUGGCCAUCAGUCACUCUUUGUAACCCUAAUUUAUUAAUACACCCCAGAAGGUUGUUUUCUUCAACCAGCCCUGAACUUGUUUUAUGGCCGUGUUGGAUCACAUCCAGCUGUGCGACACUGAAGUCAGAUAUUUAACAAUUUAAAAUAGCAACAAAAACAUAAGGAUUUCAUAGCCCAGAUUUCAAAAUCAUCAAUAACAUAAGAGAAAUGCUACUUUUCUUUCUUUUGAGAAAUGCUCAUUGAAUACUGGUGUGUGUAUAAACUUCAGCUAUCAAAGACAAAAACUUUAAAAAAUGAAGGCACUUAGCAUUUAAUGAGUGAGAAAACAAAAGGCCAUUCGAGCUCUACACAUGCAGUACAUCUUUAUUUUAUUGAUAAACUGUGAAAUAUAAGAUACUUCUGAUGUCUUUCUUUCUCUUACAUGUUAAGAAAUUUUGAAUUAAAAACUAUGACAAGGUUGCUCAUGA